AUGCAUCAAUAUGCAAUAGAAACGUCCCACGACGAAGUGACCUACCUCGAGGGUUACAAGACUUCUACUCGAAAGGUUGCGUACGAAGCCAGAUACAGCUCUAACGGCCACAUUGCAGACCAAGGGACUCUUCGGACUACCUACAUCGGCGUCAUCUUUGCGUGUAACAAGAGUUUUCACCCAUCAUCCGGCAUUGACAGUCAAUUCUUCCUCGUCUGGGAUGUUCCUGAGCCCCCGACGACGUCCGAUGGUGAGAAGACGAAGGGGGCAGGGAAGGAAGGGUCACCGAUCCGCCCCUUUCUCCACCAAUGCACCGAUUUAUACAUCGCCAGGUCCUUCCACGACCUCGUUAGGCUGGUGUAUCCACACCUCGAAGUCAUUUUCACAGCCGAGUUGCGUCGCCCCCGUCCCCAGACUCUGGACGCAUAUCUUGCUCGUACCCACCUUGCCUUCCAGAUGCUGCCCGACCCGGAGAACGAGAACGCCGCGAGGGUCGAGCCCUGUCCGUGCCCAUGUCCGGACCACAGCGCGUCGGUGGACUGGAAUAAAUUGAUGGCGACGAGCCGUGCGCAGCAGGUCAUGGAGGGGGUUCCUCUCUUUGCGUUCUCGGAUGUCAAGGACUUUCGCGGCCUACACCAUCACCGCGUGUUUGCAGUCACGAUCAAUGGGAUCACCUUGCUCUACAAACCGGCCCGGAACAACGCCUGUCUGGUUGACGAGGCCGAAAUGCUGAGGAAAGUGGCCGCGUUGCCGAGCGGAGGAGUCCUGCGCGUGCCCAAGCUCGAAGGGAUCCUGGGGGCGGGUACGCCGUACGCGGGGAUUAUCAUGACCUAUAUCCAUCCGGGGACCCCGUUGUGGGAUCUGGUCGAAUCGGGGCGAGUGGAAGACCCAGCCGAGUGCCAGAAGUGGUUGGCUCAGAUCUCGACCGCUGUUCGAGCCCUGCACCAGCAUCGGUGUUAUGUGCGAGACCUCCAGCCGGGCAAUGUGGUGGUCGACGGCAACCGCGAUGCUUGGCUGAUCGACUUUGAAGGUAUUCGGGGGCAAAGGGCCGAGGAAUUUCCGGAUGAUGACCCCGAAACUGCAGACCUGCGUGACUUGGCCUAUAUGCAGGCGUAUCUGGAGAUGCACGGCCGGAAAGCACGCGAGGCAGCACGCCCUGGCCGCCGAGUCAGGAUUUGGUUUGGUCGCUUGCGCAGGCGUCUGUCCGGUCCCUUCUUCCGCAAGCAUUUCUUGGUUCCUUUCAGCCUCCUGGUCGCUCUUCUGCUCGUUCACUGCCUCGGCCUUUGGCCUGGCCUCUCUAGCCGCCUGUUCACCAACUUGCCCACGCUACUGUGCGCUCUCUUCUGCCUUCGCCUAUCUGCUUUCCUGUUCAACCGGGUGUUCUGA